GCACUUCUGGACACCACACAGACUAACAGCUAUGCAGCUCGAAAUCCAAGUAGCGCUGAACUUCAUCAUUUCAUACCUGUACAACAGACUCCCGCGGCGGCGAGUCAACAUCUUCGGCGAGGAGCUGGAGAGGCAGCUGAAGAACAAAUACGAAGGACACUGGUACCCCGACAAGCCAUACAAAGGAUCCGGGUUCAGGUGCAUCCACGUGGGAGAGAAGGUGGAUCCGGUGGUGGAGGAAGCAGCCAAAGAAAGCGGGCUGGACAUCGACGACGUCUGCAACAACUUGCCUCAGGACCUCAGCGUUUGGAUCGACCCUUUCGAAGUGUCCUAUCAGAUCGGGGAGAAGGGAGCGUUUAAGGUGCUCUACGUGGACGAUAGCGGAGACAACGGCUCCGAGCUGGACAAGGAGAUCAGGAACAGUUUUAACCCGGAGGCUCAGGUCUUCAUGCCAAUCUGUGACCCGGCGGGAGUCUCGUCCGAGUCCAGCUCGCCCUCGCCGCCUCCGUUUGGCCAGUCGUCAGCCGUCAGCCCGUCCUUCAUGCCGCGCUCCACCCAGCCUUUAACCUUCACCACCGCCUCGUUCGCUGCCACCAAGUUCGGCUCAACCAAGAUGAAAAACAGCGUUCGCAACGGAAGCAAAGGCGCACGCAGCUCUCCCACCAACCUGGGCCUGAACAUCAACAGCCUGGUCAAGCAGAAAGCCAUCUCCAGCUCCGUGCGUUCGCUCUACGGUUUCGUCCCGGGAAGUGCAUCAGCGCUCUCUCCUAAUGCCAAGGAGUUUGUGUUCCCCAGCCUCCAAGGCCAAGGGAGCUCCAGCGGGGCCAUGUUCUCGAGUGAGGACCCGCUCAGUCCUCUGCAGUACAGCAAUGCCUUCGACGUGUUUGCAGACUACGGGAGCAUCAGUGACCGGUCGCUCAUGGAUGGAUUAAACCUCAGUCUCAGCAACGUGCAGUACUCAAACCAGCAAUUCCAGCCGGUCAUGGCUAACUAAUGUUCAAACGAUUGUUGGCGAAAGGCGAAGACGCACAACUGUGGAUUUGGAAACCCUGGUAGUCACUGAUAAGUUCAUGUGCCCAAGGGUGUUUGUUUCACUUUAUUUUAUUUUCUCCCUUCCAUCUUUCUUUCUCUGCCCCCUUGAGUUUGUACUAAAAAGCUUGUGUUACACACACACACACACACACACACACACACACUUACAUGUCCGAGUUCAGUUACAUCGGUCAACAACACGCAUCUUUUUCCCUUUUGGCCAAUAAAGCAAAAAAAAUUUUUUACUACCUUCUGGAAGAAAAAUACUCUGAAACAUUAAA